AAUGCUUAGAAAGGCCUAAAGCUUCUUCUCUUCUCGUGGUUGCGGAGGAGGAGACUUUGCACGUCUCUUUUCGCGAGAACGUGAAUCGGCUGCAUAAGAUGGCAGCGUGGAAGUGUUAUGUAUCCGCUUGGCAGAAUCUGACAAAAAGCGAACCAAUCCCUUGGAGAAUAUGGAUUAGGCAGAAAUUUACAAGGUCUCGAAUUCCAGAAUCAGUAUUUCAACCACGACCUGGUGAUCAUGAAAAAUAUGGUGGUAAUCCGGAAGAGCCUCAUAAACUACAUUUUAUCACCAGGAUCAGAAGUGGAAGAAGGCGUCCUUAUUGGGAGAAAGAAUUGCUUGAAGAGCUUGGAUUAACAAAAAGAUUUGAUCCAGUGGUGCUUAAAAACAUCCCUUCCGUGAAUGCAAAACUGAAAGUCAUUAAACAUCUAAUAAGAAUAAAACCAUUAAAACUGCCUUAUGGAAUUCCAACUGAAGAUGAAAUACCUGAUACCUAUCUUAACAAGGUCACAGGUGAACUGAUAGUUUGUCGCCACCUAAAAGAAGUGGAAAAGAACACAUCUGAUUCUUCAUAAUAAUGUAGUCCUUGACUUAUGACUUAUUCAGGGACCGUUCAAAAUUACAAUGAUACUAAAUGAAGGACAUAUGACCUGUACUCAAGAGUUAUAGUUGCUGCAGUACUUCUAUAGUCCUGUGAUGAAACUUCAGAUGUUUGGCAAUUAAUCUGCCCUACAAAUGACUGCUGGGAAACUCCAACUUGUUGGGCAAUAAUAAAAUAAUAAAAAA